CAUUGCCUCUCUCUCUCUGCCACUCGCUGACCCGCAAACCUGCAUCUUCCUGCAUUGAUCUGAUCUGUACCUGCGACCAGGACAGUGUUUCGCCCAAUCCGCUAAUUCGACUUUCCCUUGCGCCCUACCUUGGACUGUAAACAGAGCUGUUGUUGCAUCGCCAGACUUGCUGGUCGACGAGCUCUUGUUAUUUGCCCUUCUUGUACCACCAAUCCUGCUGCUGCUGCUGCACGCUUCUUCGAGUCCCUGCAGCACAAGAACGAACGGUUCACAUCCACAAUAGCGCACCCAGAUCCUCCACCACAACACCAGCCGCCCUCGCAAUCGCAUCGCAUCGCAUUCGCCUCUUGCCGCUCAUUCCUUUGCGGUUUCGCACGAGCGCUCAUGUGCCCACCUCUGCCCGGCUCCUUCUGUUUGCGCGUCUCCAAAUACUCGCACAAUGUCCCCCGCCAGCUCUCCUCGCGCUACCGCAGACGCACCAUCUGCGAGACCAAGGACCCGGCCGCCCUCGAGGACUGCAUCAGCUGAAAGUGCCAUCACUGCAAAGAGCGAGGAAAUGCACUCUAUGCGUGCGCGUGCGUGGGAAGCAGCCACUUGCACCUCGGCAACUACACCUGCAUGCGAGUCUGAGAUUGGCGAGCCGAUCGCUGAGUUGAUGGAGGAUAUAUUUCACGCGCUGCAGCCGCUGCAACGCCGGGGCACUGGAACAAAGAAACCCAGUAGGAGCGCUUUCUCGUUUCCUGUUCGCUCUCCAGAGUUCUGUAAUUCACAAACUUGGAGCUAUGGAACGCCACCGCCUUCCUACGAUGAAUCUAUCGCAGACCUACCUCCUGACUAUACCUCGACUGAUGCGCUGGCCAAUUUGCAGUCACCUGAAUAUACUCCAUUCUCUUCUCUUAACGCCUCUCUAUGUUCAGAAGUCCCAAACUGCCUGCGAAUAAGUAGCAAUACGUCACCUACCUCUUCGCUCUUCUUCGACGAAAAAUCUGUGUAUGCAGACAUUGACUUCGGCUACUGCGAGACUGGAAUAAAGUCCCAUGCGAAGAAAAAGACCAAAGCUGCUGCUAAGAAGGCACCAGCCGCGGGAGCUGACGAUGGAGAGAAGAAGAAAGAGGAAGAGCCUGCUGCCAAUGGUGAUAAUAGUGGGGGUGAUCCUCCCGCGGACGGUGGGGCAGGAGGUGGCGAUGGCGGAGAUGGAGGUGGAGGUGGCGGGGACAAGGGUGGUGAUGAUUGGGAUACGUGGGGUACAGGUACAGGUAAGAAGGACAAGAAGAAAACCAAAAAGGAGAAGGAGGAAGAGGAGCGUUUGAAGAAAGAGGAGGAAGAGCGGGUCAAGAAGGAAGAAGAAGAGCGGCUGGCAAAGGAGGCAGAAGAGGAAGCUGAGCGCAAGAAGAAGGAAGAGGAAGAUGCGGCCGCUGCCGUAGCAGCAGCAGCGGCUACAAGUCCCUCCGCUGACCUAAGUUGGGCCAAUUCUGCCACAAAUAAUGACGAGUGGGCGUCCUUAGGAGUUGCCCCCGUCAAGAAGAAGAAGGGGAAAAAGGGGAAGACGGCCGAACCCGCGCCUCCACCUCCUCCUGAUCCACCUGCAGUAGAGGUAGCAACAUCAUUUGACGAUAUAAACCUUGACGACGGGGUACCGAAAAUUGAUAUGAAUUUCGGUGAUACUGGUGAUAAAGGAACGGCAAAAUCUGCAUUUGGGCUUCCUUCAUUAAGCAAUUGGACUUCAGGCUGGGGUUCAUCGCUUGACGGCUCAAAAGAUCCCAAUGCUGGCGGUGAUAAUCCCUGGGAUUCUGCAGAUAAGAAAAAGAAGGAUUCGUCUGGAUUUGACUUCGACUUUGAUGCUGCGUUCAAAGGCACAACGGAAGCUGCUCCGGCAACUGAAGAGAAACAACCCGAAGAUGACGGCUGGGGCAUCGGCGUUGGAACAACCAAGACCAAGAAGAAGGGAAAGAAAGGCGCCCUAAUCGAGGACUCGGUUCCGGACGCACCAGCCCCGGCCCUUGAGCCUGAGAAGAAAGAGGAUGAUUUAAACGCCUUCACCUUUGGAGGUGCCAAAGACAAGAAGAAAAAGAAGAAGGGGGCCGUGGUCGAGGAAGUUCCCCCGCCUCCACCGCCAGAACCGGAACCGGAACCGGAACCAGUAGUCGAGCCUGAACCCGUACCAGAACCGGAACCUGUAAAAGAAGAAGAUCCUUGGGGUGGUUGGGCGGCGGGUGCAUCAACGGUUAAGAAAGGAAAGAAAGGCAAAAAAGGGGCGAAAGAGGAACCCAAGAUUGAGGAACCUCCUCCGCCUCCUCCUGAACCAGAACCUGUACCAGAACCAGAACCUGUGCCCGAGCCCGAGCCCGAGCCGCCAAAGGAGGAAGUCCCGGCUGUUGACCCGUUUGCUGGACUUAGCAAGGCGCAGAAAAAGAAACUUGAGAAGAAGAUGAAAGACGACGCAAAGCUGAAGGAGCAAGAGGAUGCGAAGCGCCAGAAAGAAGACGAGGAGGCGGCCGAGCUUAAGAGGCAAGAGGAGGAAGACGCGGAACGAAUCCGAUUAGAAGAGGAGGAAGCAGAGAAGAAGCGAUUAGAAGAAGAAGCCGCUGCUGCAGAAGCAGAGAAGCCUAAGAAGAAAGAGGACGACAUUUGGGCCGAUUUCGCUGCCCCAACUACUACAAAGAAGAAGAAAAAGAAAGGCGCCAAAGACGAACCAAAGGUCGAAGAGCUUCCACCACCUCCUCCACCUCCACCUCCUGAGCCAGAAGUCGUGCCUGAGCCAGAACCUACGCCACCUGCUGAAGAGAAGCCAGCUGAAGGUUGGGAUGACUGGGGCACAACUGCGCCUGUCAUAAAGAAAGGCAAAAAAGGUAAAAAAGGCGCCGCGGCUGCAAUCGUUCCUCCCAAGGAAGAGCCCGUCGUCGAACCCCCUCCACCGGCCGAGCCUGAACCAGAACCAGAACCAGAACCAGAACCAGAACCAGAACCGGAACCCGAGCCGGAGCCGGAGCCGGAACCUGUCGUGGCUAAGAAAGAAAGCACAGAUUGGGGGAUUAGUUCAAUCUGGGGAGGUUCAAAGAAGAAAAAGAAGGGUAAAACCGUUGAGCCAGAGCCAGAACCGGUACCCGAGCCAAUCAUCGAGGAUCCAGCCGUUGUUCAAGAGCCUGUUGCUGUCGAGGAGCCUAAGGAAGAAGAGGAAGACGAUUGGGGUGCGCCAUCUUGGAGUAAGAAGAAGAACAAGGAUCCGAAGAAGGAUGCUCCCAUUGAAGUCAUCGAAGACACUACAACGCCCGUUCAGAAGCCAGAUGAGGAUGAUCCAUGGGGCAGCGCAGCAUUCAACAUUGGCAAGAAAGGGAAAAAGGGGAAAAAGGGUGCCGUCGUACCCAAUGCACAUGCGCCUUCGGGAGAUUUAGAGGCGGAGUUUCCGUCACCCAAGGAGAUCGAAGCGCCCCCGCCCGUCGAAGAGGAGAAGAAAGAAGAGGAUGACAUUUGGGGCUUUGCUGCUACUUCCUCCAAGAAAAAGAAGAAGAAGGGCGAAACUGCCGACGAUACCCUUAGCAAGACAGUGUCCAGGGACUCCGCGUCGAAGUCAGCCAAUGACACUUUUGAAGACCUCAUUUCGCUUGAUGAUCCACCUCCAGCGGAGGUAGUACCUGUGGAGGAAAAGAAAGACAAAAAGGACAAGAAGGAAAAGGAGUCCGCGAAGUCAAGCAUGUGGGGCGCAUUUGGUGGUUCAUCUUCCAAAACUGCCAAGAAAGAGACUUCUUCUGAGAAGAAGGUUCGUGAGAAACGCGAAAAGAAGGAAAGAGAGGAGCAAGAGCGUUUGGAGAAAGAGGCUGCCGAGAAGGAAGAAGAGGAGCGUCUCGCCCGUGAAGCUGAAGAGGCUGAAGCAGCUGAGAAAGCUCGCAUCGAAGCUGAAGAAGCCGAGGCAGCUCGAAUUGCUGAAGAAGAGGCUGAAGCAGCUCGAAUCGCUGCCGAAGAGGAAGAGAAGAAGAAAAAGAAAGAAGAGGAGGAAGCGUCAAAGAGCUCUGGGUGGGGCGCUAGCAUCUGGGGCACAAAGUUGAAGAAGACGGAGACUACGAAAGACAGGAGAGCCCGCGAGAAGCGAGAACAAGAAGAAAAGGACCGCCUCGAGCGCGAAGAGAAGGAACGUGUUGAGCGCGAAGAAAACGAACGUUUUGAACGGGAAGAGCAGGAACGACUUGAACGCGAAGAGACGGAACGGCUCGAGGCAGAAGAAACAGCGCGUGUUGCUGCAGAGGAACAAGAGCGGAUUGAUCGCGAGGCGGCAGAAGCUGCAGAGGCGGCCGAGAAGGCUCGAGUUGAAGCUGAGGAAGCUGCAAAGGCAAAGGCCGAGGAGAGCUCUGGAUGGGGUAUAUUUGGCUCAUCGAAGAAGAAGGAAACCUCAAAGCAGAAGCGCGAGCGUGAGGCCAAGGAAAAGAAGGCGCGUGAAGAGGCGGAGAGACUAGAACAGGAAGCCAAAGAUGCCGCCGAGGCCGCCGAGAAGGCACAGAAAGACGCUGAAGAAGCUGAAUUUGCACGGAUUGCUGCAGAGCAAGAUCUCAUUCUCGAGCCCGUCGUCGAGCCCGUCUCGAAGGAUAAGAAAAAGAAAAAGAAGAGGGGUGUUGUCGAGGAACUUCCCCUCCCGCCUCCCCCUCCGCCUGCGGACCCUAUGAACGACGACGACCUGUUCGAUCUGGUCAAGGACGUGCCUGCGGAUGAACUGCUCGCCGAACUUGGAAUGGUGAAUAACACUAAGCCUGAGGAAGUAGUAGUAGAAGAAGAAGAGGCAGAGGCAGAGGCAGAGGCAGAGGCAGAGGCAGCAGCGGCUAGCGGCUGGGGAAGCGCUUGGGGUAUAUCACUUCGCAAAACGAAAAAGGUAGAACCAAAGGUGGAGGAGCCUGUGAUCGCUGAGUCAGCGCCAGAGGAGCCAGUUCUCGAGGAGCCCCCGAACGAUCCAGAACCUCCGAUUGCUGACGACCCUCCGCCCAAGGCAACCAAGUCCUCCAAAAAGUCAAAGUCCGGCUUAGUUUCCGAACGCUCAAGUAAACUGAAGAGCAAGAAGGAUAGAUAUGUUGAGCCCGAACCAGAGCCCGAGCCAGAGCCUGUUGUAGAAGAGCCUGCACCUGAACCUGAACCUGAACCUGAACCUGAACUGGACCCUGAGCCUGAGCCUGAACCCCCUGCGGUUGAGAUCAUCGAACCGACUCCUAAGAAGUCUUCUAAGAAGGAGAAGAAAUCCAAGAAGUCAAAAUUCGAGACGGAUACUCCACUUGUGAUCCCUGCGCCCGAUCCUGCACCUGUGGAGGUUCUCACGAGAAGAUCGCCUGUGCCAGGCGGUUUCCCGAUGGACGACGAUAUGGACCUGAUUGACGUGGGCAGCCCGCCGCCGCCACCGCCACCGCCAGAGCCUGUAGAGCCCGAGCCCGAGCCUGUUGUCGUUGUAACUGACAAAAAGGGGAAAAAGCUUAAGAAGAGCAGCAAAUCAAGAACUGUACCUAUUUUCGAAGCACCACCUCCACCGCCUCCCCCGCCACCACCGGAGCCUGAGCCUGAGCCUGAAGCUAUCGCUGAGGAUGCACCCGCAGAUGGUGACCUACUAGACUUUGACGAUGCCGCCCCCAUGGAGGUUGACGAUGCUCCAGCCAAACUUCCUACUCCGCCGCCUGAAGUGAAGGCAGACUCCCCGAAGAAGGAACGUGUGAAAGUUGCCCGCAGUGGAGCGGCUGGAUCAUGGGGCUUUUGGGGAGGUGGUGCUGCUGCGACUCGGCAGAAGCCCAGAACAAAGUCUGGCGGUGAAGAUGGAGCAAGUAGUGCGGCUGCUGCUGUAAAACCCAGUAUAGUCCGCUCGAAGUCGGUGCGCACUACAUCAACAAGAGACAACGAUGCCAAGUCACGCUCGUCAGGAUCUGACAAGCUUUCAGGAGCAAAGGCACCAUCCAUGUCACACUCCAAGCCAAGACGCACUUCGACUGGGCUGGGCUCGCUCUUUGGAGUUGCGCCUCCCCCGCCAUCUCGUUCCAAGUCCAAGCGAACUUCUGGGACAGUUAGAACCAUGUCUCGUCGGGCGUCCAUCGAUCACGAUGCUGCAAUGAUGUCGCCACCACAGACAGAUACUGACGUCAAGGUAUCAGCGAAAGCUGCAAAGGUCAUGGGUAUGAAGAGUGCUUCGCGCCGCGCCAGUACUAGGGACAAGGGUAAAGCUAGAGUUGUCCCCGACCCGUAUCCCAUCCAGGAUGACCUCGAGCUGCUGGACGAUGAAUCUCCGACACCAACGCCCAGACCAGAGCCGUCGCGUCGCAAGUCAAAGCGCGACUCGGUGCAGCCCGUCGAGAUCCUGACCGCGCCGCCUAGCGCCGACGAUCCGGUUGUUGUUGACCCCUUGGAGGUGGACCCGGCCCCAGCUGAGGCUGAACGCCCCCGCCGCGAGCGCGAGCGUGAACGAGAACGAGAACGACCCCGUCGUGAGCGUGGCAACUCUGAUGCCAUGGGUACUCUUGCUGGUGUUGCAGGUACCGCUGCUGCCGUAAGCGGCUUCAAGAAUAUGUUUGGUCUGGGUCGCAAGAAGAACGCGCCGGAAGAGCGCCACAAGACUGCUUAUGAGACAGAGGACGAGCGCAGACGUCGCAAGCGAUCCACGACGCGCGGUGGAGCGACCGAAGACGAGGCAAAGCGACUGCGACACGAGCGCCGCAGUGUUCGUCAUCCGCGCGUGCCCGAUGAGGCCGACUUCAUGGUCUCUGGCGCAAAUGGCGGCGUGAACGGCGGCAGCGACCACGACCCCGAGCGCGAAGCACGACGAGCUGAGCGCAGGGCUCGGCGCGACGCAGACAAGGGCUCUCGACGGGCAGAGCUCGAGGACGUCGAAGCAAAGGCUGAGCGUCGCCGUGAGCGUGAGCGCGGCAACGAGCGCAACAUCCUCGCGGAGAAGAAGGCCCGCCAGAUGGCCGAACUGGAGCGUCGCAAUCAGCAGGCUGAGGAGGAACUACGUCGUAUGGCAGAGAAGGACGAGCGGCGAAAGGCACGCACCGAGCGCAAGCCAACCGAAGACAAAGACCGCGAGCACCGUUCCUCGCGCCGCAAAGAAAAGGAACACGAAUCUGCUCGACCUCACACCGAGCGCCGUCGCUCGCACAUAGACGAUGACGCAGAACGCCGUCGCCGCCACGAAGAGCGCCGUGCUGCUAGACGCAACUCAGAGUACCCUGCGCCCUCAAACGGCGAGCCCAUCACCGACUACUUUGACGAGCGCAACGGCGGUGCCCCGCGCUCCAAACAUCGCAGUUCGCGCGCCGCACGGGAAGAAGAGAACCAGCCGUACAUCAACAAAGGCCCCGACAAGACCUCAUCGUGGGUUGAAUCUCUGUCCAAUGAACCACCGCUACCCCCGCCCAUCUCUGAAACUGUCCUUGAUCCUCCCCCAGGCGCGCACGAUGAUGAUGACCCCGAAGAUGAGGUGACGGCCUCCCAGGAUGAGGAUAUCCGUCUUCGUAUCGCAGGGCGCAGAGGCGCCAAACGGGACAAGGAGCGCGGUGAAAGGGGCGGCAAGGAACGAGAUCGAUCCCGCGGUGCAGACAGGGAUCGCAAGAGCCAUCGUCGACAAAGCCACUACGAGAGCACGAGGGGUGGUGGUGACGAAGAAAGGGACAGGAAGAGAGAAAGCAAGAGGAAGAGCCAUGUCCCAUCGGCGGCGUAUGAGGAGCCGCCGGUUCGGACAUGGGACGGCAGACCGGCGCUGGACAAUGGAGGGGGCGGUGCUGGAAAGAGGGGCAGUUGGUUUAAGAAGAUCGCAGGGUUUUGAGUUGCUACGACAUUUGACGUUGUUCGGAUUUUGAUGAUGCAUUGCGCGGCGUUAUUGUUUUUCGACGAUUCGACGUUCGAUAUCCCAUUCUCCUACCAAAGCAGCAUUGUUAGCACGGGAUCUCUUUGUAAUAUCCUUGGAUUUUCACGUCUGCGUUAUUUUGUGCCUGAUUUGGGGGGGUUACGCUCGAUACGAUACUGUUUGGCUUCUCUACUACUAUAUUUGAGCGUGCUUUUUGUCUUGUAAUAUUCUUGUUGUUGCUGUUGUCGUUGUUGUCGUCUUUGUUUACGUUUGGAUACAUGUGGGAUGAAGUUUGUUGGAAUAUCAUCGUGAGAUUAGAUACCCCUCCUUGGUUCUAUACAAAGAAGUUGCACGCAAAACUGCUGCUCAUAGCUUCCCCCCCCCC